AUGGCAGCGGAGUUUAUAGCUCUUGUUUCAGCUAGUAAAGGGGCUGAGUGGUUGAGGAGUCUCAUGAUAGAGUUGCCUUUAUUGCCAAAGCCAAUGCCACCGAUGGCAAUCCAUUGUGAUUCCAAUUCGGUGUUGAUAAAGGCUUAUAGUCAAGUGUACAAUGUUUCAACUGAUGGGAAUAAUGAGAUUUUUGUGUUAGCCUUAUUUCUUCAGAAACUUGAGUCAUGUUUUUUUAAAGGGGUUGAAUCAGCUUUGUUUGAGGUGUUCCCAAGAGCAACCAGGAGAAUAUGCUGCCAGCAUUUGUACUCAAAUUGCAAGAAUGCAGGAUGGAGUGGGACACCAUUUCAUAAGCUGUUUAGGAUUGCUGCAAAUGCAUACAAUGAAUAUGUGUUUGGAAAAGCAAUGUCCAAGAUAAAAGAGUAUGAUGCAGCAGCAUUUGAUUAUCUGACAAAUGUGGAAGAGCAAUGGAGUGUGCACAUGUUUGACAGGACAAUUUGUUGUGAUCAUAACACAACAAACUUUGUAGAGUCAUUCAAUGCAAUAACAAAGUCCAACAGAGACAUGCCUGUGUUGACAUUACUGGAAGCUGUCAGGAAUUGGUGCAUGAAAAGGAUGGGUUCCAGGUUCGAUAAAGCAGUUGAUAUGGAACCUAAUGAGCUGACAGAGCAUGCAAAAGGGGUGUUGGAGACAAGGACUGAUGAGUCUAGGUUCUGCCAGGUGACUGCAGCUGGUGGUGGAGAAUUUGAGGUGAGGGAUGGCCAUGUCAAGUUCCUUGUCACACUUGGGAAUAUGACCUGUGGGUGUGGGAAAUGGCAAGGAUCAGGGAUCCCAUGUAAGCAUGGUCUCAAGGUCAUUUACAACCAGAGACUUGAACCCAGGGAUUUUGUGUCACCUUUAUACAAGGGGGCUGCAUACAAACUGACUUAUGCAGACCACAUCCACCCCAUGGCUGAUCCAACUCACUGGCCAUCACUUGAUGUGCCAGAAAUUGCACCACCCUAA